AUCUGACGCAGACAGACAACAACACUGUUCUGAAAUACGUAAUAACACAGGGGGGGUUGCUGGCCUCGGUCUUGCAAUUUGCCUGACCUACUAACAUCAAACGUUAUAUCACACAGGGGUCCAGUCGUUCAACCUGUAUCGGGGCAGGGGGUAAUAUCGGUCCGAGUUGAAGCGGGUUACACAUGCUAUCUGGACAGUGACAUUGGUAUGACACCGUUGACCUGCGACCAUACACAUUUACAGUGUCAACGGAAUUGUACUCCGGAAGAAACUGUCAAGACUUGUUUUGGUUCCAUCGUGCUCUUUUACGAGUCGACAGGUAAUGUUAGCUGACCUCGACUAAAGUAUGUCUUGCCCAUGCACAUCGGCCGCGAGGAUAUUCUUGAAUUCAGCACAGAGAGGGCUGUCUUGUUCUCGGGUUCAGCUCUAUGCUUUGAGCAGACCUGGUUGGGGUUUUCGUGAAGCUCCUCUACCUCGCAUAGUCCAAGUGAGAUCCUUCCAUGAAACUGCAGUAUGUUUUGCCUCUAAAGAUGGAACGACUAAGGAUGGAUCCAGCGAUGGAGGAAAGAAGAGCAUCAGUGAAGGAAAGAGAUUGGCGGGCUCUUCUGGUGGAUCAGGGAAGGGGGGUAACCAGCUGCACUGUCCCAAAUGUGGAGACCCAUGUACACAUGUAGAGACCUUUGUAUCGUCAACACGUUUUGUGAAGUGUGAGAAAUGCCAUCACUUCUUCGUGGUUCUCUCUGAGACGGACUCUAAGAAGGGCCUGAAUAAAGAAGCAGAGUCGCCCGCUGAGGCUGUCAAAAUGGCCUUCGCACAGAAACCUCCCCCGCCACCCAAAAAGAUCUAUGCCUACCUGGACAAGUACGUAGUGGGUCAGUCCUAUGCUAAGAAAGUGCUGGCGGUAGCUGUGUAUAAUCACUACAAGAGAAUCUACAACAACAUCCCUGCUGGGAGCAGACAGGUGGAGGUGGAGAAACAGGCCUCGCUCACUCCACGAGAACUAGAGACGAGAAGACGGGAGGAUGAGUACAGAUUCACAAAACUCCUUCAAAUAGCAGGGAUCAGUCCCCAUGGCAACGCCCUGGGAGCCUCCAUGCAGCAACAGGCCACUCAGCAGGCUCCUCAGGAGAGGAGGGGCGGAGACGUGUUAGACUCCACACACACCGACAUCAAACUGGAGAAGAGCAACAUCGUGCUGCUAGGCCCCACCGGAUCAGGCAAGACAUUGUUGGCCCAGACCCUGGCCAAGUGUCUAGAUGUACCCUUUGCCAUCUGUGAUUGUACCACCCUGACCCAGGCUGGCUACGUGGGGGAGGAUAUCGAGUCUGUUAUCGCCAAGCUGCUGCAGGAUGCAAACUACUCUGUGGAUAAAGCACAGCAAGGCAUAGUGUUUCUCGAUGAGGUGGACAAGAUCGGCAGUGUUCCUGGGAUCCACCAGCUCAGAGACGUAGGAGGAGAGGGUGUACAACAGGGUCUGCUCAAACUCCUGGAGGGCACGAUAGUGAACGUUCCAGAGAAGAACUCCAGGAAGUUGAGGGGAGAGACGGUGCAGGUGGACACCACUAACAUCCUGUUCGUAGCGUCAGGGGCCUUCAACGGACUCGACAGAAUCGUCAGCAGACGGAAGAAUGAAAAGUACCUGGGCUUUGGCACGCCCUCCAACAUGGGUAAGGGUCGCCGUGCGGCGGCGGCAGCCGACCUGGCUAACAGUAGUGAACAGACCGACAUGGUGGCAGAGAUGGAGGAGAAGGACCGGCUGCUGAAGCUCGUGGAGGCCCGGGACCUCAUUGAGUUUGGGAUGAUCCCGGAGUUUGUCGGGCGUCUGCCUGUGGUGGUGCCUCUACACAGUCUGGAUGAAGAGACGCUGGUCCGUAUCCUGACAGAACCACGCAACGCCGUCAUACCACAGUACCAGGCCCUGUUCAGCAUGGACAAGUGUGAACUGAACGUAACGACAGACGCUCUGAGGGCCAUCGCCAGACUGGCUCUGGAGAGAAAGACUGGAGCCCGAGGCCUGAGGUCCAUCAUGGAGAAGCUUCUUCUGGAGCCCAUGUUCGAGGUGCCAUGUUCAGACAUCAUGUCUGUGGAGUUAACCAAGGACGUCGUCUUGGGCAAAUCAGAACCACAAUACGUCAGGGCUCCAGCAGAGGAGGACUACGACUCUGGUAUUGAAGAGGAGAACUGGCCCAGACAGGUGGAUGCGGCAGCUAACAACUGAUCGGAUCUCCCUCCCCCUGUCCAGUCAUUCAUUUCAACAACUGUCACAUCUACAAUCAUUUAGAACACCUUCUAGAACAUUUGGGAGCCAACUGUAGGUUCCUGGAAUUCCAGCCCCUGAGCCAUCUAAACAGACCUCCGUCAGGCUCUGUAGACCACUACUAAAACCACACCAUAAAACCGUAGACCACUACUAAAACCACACCAUAAGUGUUUUCAUAAUGAACAACACGGAUUUGAGCUCUAGAAGUACCUUUUUUGGGGGGGUCCUAUGAAUUGGACAGUAGGCUAAUUCUUUAAGUUGUUAGAAAAUGAAAAUGGACCUGCUAUAGUGUAUAUAUUUAAAAAUGGUUGGGGUAGGUUGUGUAAUUUGUCUGUUCUCUCCUCUUGUGUUGUGGUGAUGACAGAUUGAAAUGACAAUGGAAACAAAUUUAACAUGACUGGGAUCAUAUUUUACACUUGAAGACUUAACCAGGGCUAGGAAUGUUCUGUUUUACUAUCAAAUCAAAGUUUAUUUGUCACGUGUGCUGAAUACAACACAAUACAGUGACAUGCUUACUUACAGGCGCUAACCAAUAUUGCAGAAAAAGGUAUUAGGUGAACAAUAGGUAAGUAAAGAAAUAAAACAACAGUAAAAAGACAGGCUAUAUACAGUAGAGGCUAUAUACAGGAGCGAGGCUAUAACAGUAGCGAGGCUAUAUACAGUAGCGAGGCUAUAACAGUAGCGAGGCUAUAUACAGUAGCGAGGCUAUAACAGUAGCGAGGCUACAUACAGACACCGGUUAGUCAGGCUGAUUGAGGUAGUAUGUACAUGUAGAUAUGGUUAUCGUCAAUGUUACAUAACAAUAUACAACUAAUGCCCUGACUGUCACCAGCAGACCGGGGUUCAAAUACUAUUUGAAAUAGUUCACAUGCAUACAUACAUACAUACAUACUUUAGAGUGUUUUCUCUGGCCUGCUUAAGAGUACCAGGUGGGUGGGAUUUGUACUUUUGGUAAUAUGCUGUUGGUUCCAUUUCAAUAGUGAAGUUCAAUUAAGCCCAGCUAAAGUAUUUGAUAUGAUUUGAAGUAGUAUUUGAACCCAGCUCUCUAGAUGUAUGAUAUUCCAUAAUGAGCACAUCAUCAUUGUGAUGUUUUUUUUUCUUCUAUGGAGUUAAAUUGGUGGCAAAAGUUUUCUGUCAGUAAUUUAACUCCAUAUGUCGUCCUAUUUACUAUUUUAACGGAAUUUAUAAUGAACAUAACUGGCCUGUAAAAUUGUCGUUAUUAAAUCUUCAGUUUAGAAUCCGUUUGUAUCACAGCAACACACCUGUCGUUAGGGGAAACAUCAGAACAGCGUACUACACCCUACUCCAGCACACUAAACAGAGUGGAGAUGCGUUCAAAAUGGCACCCUAUUCGACCAGGACCUCUGGUUAAAAAUAGGGCACUAUAUAAGGAAUAGGCUGCUUUUUCAGACGCUGACCGUUUGACUUUUUAGUGACUAGUGACCUUUUUUUUCCUUCUUUUUUUUUACGUUGAGAAUGUUUAUUUCUGCAGUGUUGUACCCCCCCCCCCCCCCCCCCACCCCUUCUAGAAACCCGCUCUCUAGGGAGUGUACCUGUCAGCUCUCUUUAACCUCACAGGGUUACCUAAUGUUAGAUCGAUAUCAACCGAGGCAAGGGCUUGAUAUUCAAAAAUGUUUCAGAGUUGCUGACCUAGGAUCAGGUGCUCCCGGUCCAUAUAAUCGUAUUCAUUCUGAUCUAAAAAGGAUAAACUGAUCCUAGAUUCUUUCUGAAUGUUUUACUUUGCUCUGUCUGGGUCAAGCUUCACCCCCCCGCCGCCCCCGCCGCCACCACCUCACCUGUAGUAAUGCUCCAGUAUGUCGUGUUACUAACAUGGUCCCUCAAUCACUAGGCACUUCUUCUGCAAUUUAAGCCUUUUAACUAUUUCUAUCCACACUGAACCAUGGCUGUUCCAUGUCGUGUGAUGCUGGUAUGUGCUAUUAUAAUACAAUCACCAUAAUACAAUUGUUUGGGUUCCUUUUCAGUUCCUUUUAUGCUUCUCUUCUCAACGGUCAAUCAUAAUAACAUGUGAAAUCUCAAUUUAUUGAUGUGGUUGUUUAAAUAUUAUAAAUAAAAUGUAUAUCUCUGUACAGAA